GUAGGGUCUCCGGGUUUGCCUGGACCAAAUGGCCAAAUUGGUUCUCCAGGAGUACAAGGACCACAAGGUGACAAAGGUAUUCAAGGUGAAACUGGACCAGCUGGUUCCCCUGGCAAUAUUGGUCAACCUGGAAUUUCAGGUCAACCUGGUCAGCCUGGACCAAACGGUCAGUCUGGUGCUCCAGGUCUAAAUGGAGAUCAGGGUGAUACCGGAUCAUCUGGGUCUGUUGGAAUGCAAGGAUCUCCGGGUAAUCCGGGACAACGUGGUGAUAUUGGACAGCAGGGACAAGCUGGACUCCAGGGUCCAACGGGUCAACCUGGUCAAUCAGGUCAAAGAGGAUCGCAAGGUUUAAGAGGUGAUCCAGGUCAAAAUGGAGCUAAUGGUCAGCAAGGUCAACCUGGACCAAAAGGCUUGACAGGAGAUCCUGGUUCACCUGGAUCCAACGGACAACAAGGGCAGCAGGGAUUGAGAGGUGAUCCAGGACCUGUUGGUGAUACUGGAAUCUCAGGAGAUACUGGCUCGCCUGGUCCACAAGGUUAA